AUGUCCGACCCACCACCCGAACCCGAGAAUACCACAUUCUCUGAUUUCAUCAAUGACUUGAUUGCUCUCCUUGAUGCUCUUGGCAUUUCUAAAGUAACUCUAGUUGCUAAAGAUUUUGGUGCUGAGCUGGCUCAGAUAUUGGUUCUUUUACACCCUGAACGUACGAGUCACAGGAGUCGUCACAGUGGGUCCCCUUUUACACCUUUAGGUCCUCGGAAAUUUGUCGAGGCCCUUCCAGAAGGCUUGUAUAUUUCGAGAUGGCAGGAACCAGGAAGGGCCGAAGCUGAUUUUGGCAGAUUUGAUUUUAAAACAGUUUUACGCAACAUAUACAUCCUCUUCUCCAGAAAUGACAUACAAAUAGCAGCACUUAAUCAGGAGAUAAUGGAUUUAGUGGAUUCAUCAACCCCUCUACCCCCUUGGUUCUCUGACGAAGACCUUUCAGCCUAUGGUGCUCUCUAUGAGAAAUCUGGAUUCCGAACUGCAUUGCAGGUUCCUUACAGGUCGCUGAAUGAAGAGUUUAACAUAUCAAACCAAAUAAUUGAGGUUCCAGCACUGCUAAUCAUGGGGGAAAAGGACUAUACCUUGAAAUUUCCAGGAAUUCAGGACUAUAUAAGAAGUGGACGGGUGAAAUACUUCGCGACCAAUUUGGAGAUAGUGUACUUGCCAGAAGGUUCCCACUUUGUUCAAGAGCAAUUACCAGACCAAGUCAAUGAGCUAAUACUCAAGUUUCUCAAAAGUCAUUCUUAA